CACAAACAUGGUGGGUGCGUUCUUUGUAUAUACUCACACAGUGGGUGCUUUCUUCUAUUCACUCACACAUUGGGAUCUUUAUUUUAUUCACUCAUUUUUGGGUGCGUAUUAUUUGCAUCCCGGUAACGGGUGCUUUAUCGUGAGCUUUUGCAUUAUUAUCAGUCGAAAAUAUGCAAAAUCACAACUACAUGUAUUUGGCAUGUAUACACGGAUAUCAUUUGUUAACAUCUCUUCUCAACUUUCAGCCAUGAGUAAACGAAAGCGAGACCGUUCGCCUCCAAUUGUGAAAUCGAUAACCGCGCAGGUUGUGCCAGCGGUGACACAAUUUAUCCUUAAAACUUUAACGGAUAUGGGCGUCACCAAGCCGGCAAACGCAAACAAUUCCCCGUCUGGUUCCAACAGCCAGGUGCAAAGUGACACAGUGUCACAACUACUGGAUCUUUUCACAUUAACGACCGGACCCCAAUCCGAUGGCCGUCAAACUUCAAUGAAUUCGAUUCCAAUACAACCUCUGUCACCAGCCCCGCCUCAAGGUAUUUCAUUGUCUGCAGGCGUUGAUCCCAAGCUUAAAGCCAAAAUCUGGGCAGAUCAAUUUCUUGCGUUGGCUUCCCUAAUUAAUUCUAAGGAAUCGGGGACUCUAUGUAUGAAGCACAACCCAGACGUUUCCAUAGCAUUACACAGGUCUGAGGCGGAAGAUAUUAAGAACAUGGAGGCUUGGCAUAAAGCUUGGACGAUUUUCGUCGCCAUCUACACAGAGAGACAACCAACAUCUGCACCAGCUCUAAUGAAGUACUCCGCUACCAUCCAGCAUCUAGCUAAGCAGGCGGGAGUUUAUUCAGCAAUCCAAUAUGAUGUGCAAUUUCGCAAAAUCAAAGAGGAUGCCCCAUCUGUUCACCUUGGGAUACACCUAACAAUGAACUCUACAAUAAAGCACUUGCAGAAGGUAUAAGCUACCGUUUUCGACAGCAACCUGCUAACCAGUCCUUUCGGGUGCAGAAAAUUGACAGACCAUGCAACCUCUACAACUAUUUGUCAUGCUACCGACACAACUGCAAAUACAUGCACGUAUGCAAAUAUUACAGGGGAGGACACCCUCAACGAGUUUGUACUAAGCAACAAUCAAGAACUCAAGUGGCUGCAGGUCCACCAUCUACCACAUCAAACAGAGGGCGACCGAAUGUCCCCACAACUCAACGGCCAACACAACAACAAUCGACCAUCUCCGCUCCCACCAUCCUCAAAUAGUCACAUUGAUGUAGUAACACCUGUUAAGGUUGAUAGAUUACGUUUUUGGCUGAAAGGCUAUGAUUACGACAUUUCUAGUCAUUUACUUUCGGGUUUUACUUUUGGAUUCACUAUACCUUUUCUUGGUACUACAUCUUCUACACCAGUUAGUAAUCUUCUUUCUGCUACUCAAUACCCGACACUUGUUUUGUCGGCUAUUAAUAAUGAAAUUGCAAUCGGGCGCAUUGCGGGUCCAUUUCAAGAGAAACCUUUCUCGAAUUUACAUAUUUCUCCCGUUGGUGUGGUUCCCAAAAAGACUCCGGGAGAGUUCCGGUUCAUCCAUCAAUUGUCGUACCCAGAGGGCAAUUCCAUUAAUGACGGCAUCCCACGUGACUUGUGAAGUACCAAAAUAUCGAUGACGCCACGGCACUUAUUCUUAAAUUUGGACGUGGUUCUUUUAUGGCAAAAACUGACAUUGAACGGGCGUUUAGGUUGAUACCCAUAGCCCGCCAAUCACAACACUUACUGGGCUUUACUUUUAAAGCCAAUUUUACUAUGAUAAAACACUUCCGAUGGAUCUGAGUCACUCAUGUUUUCUUUUCGAAAUGUUUUCAUCCGCGCUUCAAUGGAUUUCGCAAGUCAAACUUAACGUUGCGGAUUGUACACAUAUACUGGAUGAUUUCCUGUUUGUAUCUCCACUGAAUUAUCACAAGUGUUUAACUGACUUGCAGAAUUUUUUAGCACUCGCUAACGACAUAGGCGUUCCAAUCAAGUGUGAGAAAACUAUUUUGCCAACCACUACCAUCUCAUUUGUUGGCAGAGAGCUUGACUCUAUGUUUAUGGUUAAACGCCUUCCACAGGACAAAAUCGCUAAAAUCAAAGUCACGCUUAACCAUAUGAAAUUUAGCAACUUUAUUUUGUACAUAUUCAGUUAA